AGCUGGACAGUCCUGAGGAGCUGGAGAGGAAGAGAAUCUGCCGCAUCAUCACCAAGGACUUCCCACAGUACUUUGCUGUUGUGUCUCGAAUCCGGCAGGAGACCAAUCAGAUGGGACCAGAGGGCGGAACUCUGUGCAGCCGCAGCGUCCCAUUGGUUCAAGCUUCCUUCCCUGAGGGGGCGCUAACCAAGAAGAUAAAAGUUGGACUGCAGGCCCAGCCGGCACCCGACGACACUGUGAAGAAAAUCCUCGGUAACCGGGCAACCUUCAGCCCCAUCGUUACCGUGGAGCCCAGAAGAAGGAAGUUCCACAAACCCAUCACCAUGACAAUCCCAGUCCCGCCUCUUUCAGGGGAGGGGCUUACCAACGGCUACAAAGGAGACUGUACGCCAUGUCUCCGCCUUCUCUGCAGCAUCACAGGUGGUACGUCCCCUGCACAGUGGGAAGACAUCACUGGCACCACUCCUCUCACUUUCGUCAAUGACUGCGUCUCCUUCACCACUAAUGUUUCUGCAAGGUUCUGGUUAGCUGACUGCCACCAGAUCCCAGAGACGGUGGGCUUGGCCAUGCAGCUAUACAGGGAGCUCAUCUGCGUGCCCUACAUGGCCAAGUUUGUGGUGUUUGCUAAGACCAACGACCCAAUGGAGUCCAGACUGAGGUGCUUCUGUAUGACAGACGACAAGGUGGAUAAGACCCUGGAGCAGCAGGAGAACUUUGAGGAGGUGGCCAGGAGCAAGGACAUAGAGGUUCUGGAAGGCAGGCCCAUUUAUGUGGACUGCUAUGGAAACGUGGCUCCUCUGACUAAAGGUGGUCAGCAGUUAGUUCUUAACUUUUACGCCUUCAAGGAGAACCGUCUGCCCUUCUGUGUCAAGGUGAGAGACCCCAGCCAGGAACCCUGCGGUCGUCUUACGUUCCUCAAAGAGUGUAAGACCAUAAAAGGCCUUCCACAAACUGCCGUUUGCAACCUGAACAUCACACUGCCAGCAGUGAAAAAGGAAAUGGAGUCAGAUGCAGAGGACGAGACUGAAAAGCCAGAGCGACGUCAUACCUUUGCAUCCCUAGCCUUACGUAAGCGCUACAGCUAUCUGGCCGAGCCUGCACUGAAAACGACCGUUGAGCAGCGGAGCACAACAGCAAGAACACUGCCUGCUGGUUACCCUCACAAACCUGUCUUUCCAACCAGACAUUACCCACCAUGGUCGACUGCUCCUAUUACCGUCCCUGGCCAAACAAGGCCAGUCGGAGUGGGGGGUUCCCUCACAUGUACCGAUUCCCCGGCAGGCUCACCAGCUGCUUCUCCAUUGAAAACCUCCUGGCCCCUCUCUUCCCCUUCACGUGCAUGCGCUGCAACAAUCAGAACUACCCUGGGAGCUCCACCACCACCACCACCUACUCAAGUUAAACCUGUUGAUGACAAUGUGUUCUCAUCCCCCAUCAGGUCUUACAGGACUAUGCCUUCACCUAUUAAAACUGUUGUCCAGCUGGGUCAGUACCCUGUACAGGGGUCUGCCAGCUUUGUGUCUUCUGGAAGCCCAUGUAAACUUGCCACAGACCCAGCAUCUAUCAAAAACCUUGCUUCAGCAUACACAUCAAGGACUUCCCCACUUCACUCCAUACCAAAUGGUUCUGUACCAGAGAGGUCAUCAGCUUCUCUUACUGCUCCAGCAUCGCCAAAGUCCUACAACUUGUACAAUUCUAAUUUGCCUUUUAAAACUGCCCUUGGGUCCACAAUUGUGACAGAUUCCUCUGUUAAAAGCAUGUCAGGCCUGUCCUCGUUAAAAACCUCUGUAGAUUCAACACUUGCAUCGAGAGGAGGAAGAACCUCCCUCUCAUCACUCUCCUCAACUGGACAGACAACCAUAGCUUCCUCAGAAUUGUCCACGAUGAAUGGAUCAGUCUCUCCAAUUAAAUAUCCAUCUUCUUCCUCCACACCAUCCUCCCCUUCGUCUCGCAAUCUCUCGGAGAGAAGUAGCAGCCUUCAGGAGAGAAUACAGGCCACCACCCAAGCAGCAACCUCUGGUGUUAGCGCAGCCAUAAAUGAAGCUAUAGACUCUUGUUCUGUGUCAGGCUAUGGCACUAUUAGAUCGUUGUCCGCCUCACGCAGGUCUGCAGCAGCAAGCUCUGCUUAUGGUUCUUUGAGAUCUGUUGCCGCCUCCUCCAGUUUGGCAGUUCCUUCUAACACACUAACUGUCCCAGUGUUUUCGUUAGUCAUUCCAGAGACCCCUGUCAAACCAGGCCCGGGUUCUCUCAAAAUGGCACUGCCUGAUUCUUCCCGUGCCUCAUCUUCAUUUUCUUCCUCUUUGUCUUCCUGUGUUACUGGAUCAAAAAUAAAGUCCCAACUUAAAUCCCCUCCGUUUAUCACGCCACCCAUCAUCCACCCAACGGGAACUUCCAACCAGGAGAUACUAAAAGAUGUAGCAGACAUGAAAGAGGAUCUGAUCAGAAUGACGGCUAUCCUACAGAUUGACACACAGACUGCAGCUAAAACAGUUCAAACAUCUCAAACUGGCACUCCUAAAGAAACCAAGUUAGAGGAUGAGGAGCCAUUUACGCUAGUGGAGAAAGUUAAAGAAGACUUAGUUAAGGUCUGUAGGCUAUUACAGAAAGAUAUCAAGACUGAGAGUAGGGUUAAUGCAGGUAAAGACAGAGCAUCUGAGGAUGAAUGGGAAGAAUUUUCCAAAGAUGAAAUUGAGGAGGCGCAAAGUUGUGCCCUCUCAGACAAUUACCCUCCUUUUGAGGAAAACACUCUCCUGCUGAAGCCGCAGUCCAUUUCAAGCAAAGAUUUACAGUUGAGUAAAGUAGUAGAUUAUUUAACAAAUGAUAUUGGCGCCAGCUCUCUUUCAAGAAUGGCAGAGUUGAAAAGUAAGCACGAGGAGGAGGCAAAAAGGGAAGGGGAAGAAAAACAGAAACGUGUUCUUAAACCAUCAAUGUCAAUACAAGAGCACAAACUCAAAAUGCCUCCGCCUGUCUCAGGCAUGCUCAGGUCUCCAUCAGAGAAGGACCUAAGUAAACUUUCUGAGUCAUCAUAUCAAGGGAGUGACACUAUCUUGGAGUCCCCAGAGGACCUCUCUCACGAGCAGGAUAAGAGUCCCCUGUCAGACAGCGGGUUCGAGACAAGGAGUGAAAAGACACCCUCUGCUCCUCAGAGUGCAGAGAGUACAGGACCAAAGCCUUUAUUCACAGAUUUGCCCAUUCCUCCCUCUGUUACUGAAACCUGGACUGAAGCGGUCGAUAUGAGGGGCUUUGAACAACUUGAUGAUCCUUGUGGGCCUAUAAUCAUUGAGGAAGCUGCAUGUGCUUUCCCCUCUAUAGAGCCAGAUGCAGCUUCAAUGAGCCCCAUGAAAGCCUUCCAAAUGAAAAUACCGGAAGAAAACACCAGUGUGUGUCUUAAAGAGGAAACUCAUAUUACUACUACUACUAGAAUGGUCUAUCAUAAGCCCCAACUGACUGAUUGUGCAGAGAUGAUAGAAGAAGGUAUGUCAGUUAGAGAUAUCAUGAAAGCAUUCCAGUCAGGUAGGGACCCAUCUAAAGAUCUGGCAGGCCUUUUUGAACACCAGGCUAGCCAGGAUUCAGUCAAAGGUGAUGAGCUGACUCCUAGGUUUCUUGACAGAGAUAUUAAAUCUAAACCUAAAGUCGAAAGGAUAAUUGAGGUUCAUAUUGAAAAGGGCCACAGCAUAGCAGAACCGACUGAGGUUAUUAUCAGGGAAUCCAAGAAACACCCUGAGCUUUAUGUCUACAAAGGUGACUAUGGGAUUAAGGAACUAACGGAUGACUAUGAAGCCCAACAGGAAGAGGAGGAGCUUACUGUUGAGGAAUCCCUGCCCUCCUUUCUAGAUACAUCUCGCGUCAACACCCCAGUGUCACAGGAGGAGGACAGUCGCCCAAAUUCUGCCCAGUUGAUAGCAGAUGAUUCUUAUAAAGCCCUAAAACUAUUGAGCCAGAACUCCAUAGAAUACUGUGAUGAUGAACUAUCAGAAAUCAGAGGCGAGUCAUAUAGGUUUGCUGAGAAAAUGCUCCACUCAGAGAAACUUGAAACAUCCUCACUGUCUCACUCUGACACAGAGGAUUCAGCAAUAGUGACUGACAAAAAACGCCACCAAGUUUCUGAGGAGAGUUGUAGCCGUGGUGCUGAGAGUCAGCAACAUGGAAGCCCAAAAAGAGAGUUUGCUUCUAAGUCUUCAAAAGAUGGGUCCCCAAUAUCGGGUCAAUUUGUGCAGCGGGAUGAACCAUCUCAGUUUGAUAAGGUGACAGUGCUUCAUUACUCCACAGAGCAGGGCAGCCCCAAACAUGCUGUUUGGAUGCGAUUUACAGAGGACAAACAUGACAGGAGCAGGGAUAAGCUUCUUUAUGAGGAUAGGGUGGAUCAAACUGUAAAGGAAGCUGAAGAAAAACUUAGUGAGGUAUCACAGUUUUUCCGUGACAAAACAGAAAAGCUCAAUGAUGAAUUGCAGUCUCCUGAGAAAAAGCCUGUUAGACGAGAGCCAAAGGAACCCAGGUCAUGGCCUAGCUCAGCUUGCAGCCCUGAGAAAACACUACAGAAACCUAAAGCAGAGGAGGGCUUCAAUAAAAGCAAACUUAAAGAGCCUUCUGUUGGGAAAAUGUUUGACCGUACCACUACAACAGAAAAUAAAAGUUCUAGCUUACCAAGCAGUCCCCAGAAAAGCAGACUCCCUCAUAGCAGUGAGGAUAAAAUUAAACAACAAACAAAAACCAGUGAGUCUGCACCCUCUUCUCCCUCUAAUGUAAAAUCAACAUCCAAAGUCAGUGCUGUGAGGAUGAAGUUUGAAUCUGAAGCUCAGAAACAAACUCAGUCUAGUCCAACCAAAGUCCCUCCCCCGGUGCAGCCAAAACCAUCAGUAAAGAAACUACAGGAUAGCAAACUUCCUGUUUAUCAAUUUUUUACUGGAGGAACAACUUCAAAAGUAUGUGAAACUUUAGAAGAAGUAACCCCAGCAAUGGAUAUAGAGAAGGACACAUGUGCUGCCACAGACAGUAAAGCUGUUUUAAAAUCGCCAACUUCUAAACCCCCAAAACAAACAAGAGACAAGUCACCAAAUAAAAAUAUUGCUGAGCCCCCGUUGCAAAGACACAUUUGUGAAACUGAGAGUCAAAAAGCAACUACUCAAGGUAAAGAUACAUCUUCCGCUGUUACUCGGGACAUUAAAGAAAGCAAUAAAAGUCAAAAGGUCCAGGCAGCUGUUGUCCAUAAUAAUACCAAACUAUUAGAGAAAAAUGGUGAUGCUACAAAGUGUCAACAAGUCACAAAAACUGAGUCUGCUUCCAAAGAAGCGAUAGCUGAGAUUUUAAGAAAAGACACAGAAGAAAUACUGAAUAAAAACCUUAGGAAAAAGAUAGAAUCCCAAAUUCCUGUAAGAUUGCCUUCUACUUUGGAUAAUGACCUCACAAAGAAACAGACAAAACCUUCACAGAUACCUACAUUAUCUAAAAGCAAAAUACAGACAAGCCCUGUGACAACCCCAAUAAAAACCGAUGAAAAUCGGACUUUUGAAAUUUUAGAUAAUGCACCCAGAGACUCCAACUCGAAUAACCUUUCAAGCCCUAGAAACACACUGGAGAAAGUCGUAACCCCUCCCGUUGCUACAACAACCAAAGAUAAUUUUAAAGGAAUCAAAACAUUACCUGUUUAUGCCAGUGUCCAGGUCGGAAGGCAGGCAGAGAGGGAAGCCAAGGGGGCUCUUUACACAGUCAAGCAGAUAUCUAAUUUGGCCCUCAGCCCCAUAAGCCCUGACGAUGAUACACUAGAACAGGUAUCUUUCAUAGAUAGCUCAGGGAAAAGCCCCCUUACACCAGAGACCCCCAGCUCUGAGGAAGUCAGCUAUGAUCUCACGACCAAGAGCCCUGAUGGCUUUAUGGGAUUCAUGCUAGGACAACCCAGUCCUAUCAUGGAGGUAUCUGAAGAAUUAGAGGAAGAUAACCAAAGCAAAGUUGUUUUCUCUUUUAAAGAGGCCCUACAAGAAAGCAAAACUAGUGAUCACAGCAUCCAAGCAGACCUUGCAAAUGCUAAUGAGCAAGAAUCAAAAGAUAAUGAUAACCAGCAGGAAGUAGUUGAUAAUUCCAACCGGCAAGAAACGGAAGCCAAUGGCAAGUAUGAUCGAAUGACAGAGCAUGAGCAUCAAGAGGUCUCAAAAGACAAAGGUAUUGCUUAUAUUGAGUUCCCUCCCCCUCCUCCUCUGGACUCUUCUUCAGAAAAGUCAGACGGAGAAAGGAAGGGUUCAUGUGCCUCUUCAGAUACUGAGACAGAAAUGAUGGAGGUGAACUUACAGGAAGAACAUGACAAACAUUUGCUAACAGAGCCAAUAAUACGUAUCCAACCUCCUUCGCCUGUGUCCCCAGGGGAAGAUGACAGUCAAUCAAAUGAUAAAGAGGAAGAUGAUGAUGGGUCAAUCUUUCAACCAAUUCCCUGUAAGAAACUUAGUUUCAAAGGUGCUGAGGAUGAGGAGAAGAGGAAAGAGAAAGAAAAGGCCUCAAUACCCCCAAAAAAUGAUAAAAACGGAAACAACAAGGAACCUAAUGGUGGGACAAAUGGCUCUAAUGGUUCCAAUGGUUGUAAAGGCUCUAAUGGCAAAGGAGAGGAAUAUGACUAUGAACAAAAUGGAAAUGACCAGUCAAUCACAGACUGUUCUAUAGCCACAACUGCAGAAUUUUCUCAUGACACAGAUGCGACAGAGAUAGAUUCCCUGGAUGGAUAUGAACUUCAAGAUGAGGAUGAUGGACUGUGUGAGCAGGCAGAUUUACGUCUGUUUGGCCUUCCAGACAGUCGGAGAGACGUCUGGGCAACAGACACAUUUAGGUCCACAGACCGCUCUUUUCCUCCAACCAAACUGGAAGUUAUUGAAGAGGAGAAAACCCCAGAGGAAUGUCAAAAGGACACAUUCAAAAAUGAUUCCCCCCCUAAUGGUGGGUCACCUGAUGGUGUUAGUAAGGAUGGGGUGAACGGUCAGGAACAAAAGAAGUCAGAUAAGGAGGGCUUUUCAGACACUUACUUCAGUUAUAAGUUAGAAGAGGAGUUUAACUCUCCUUUUAAGACUGUUGCCACAAAGGGGCUGGACUUUGACCCCUGGCCAAGUAAAGGUGGAGAAGAAGAAGUUGUUGACAUGGGAGGGACACAGGGAAGCAAUGGUGAGCCUAAGCCUUUUGGACUGGCUGUGGAUGACCAGUCUCAGGCUACAACACCAGACUCUACCCCAGCCCGAACACCAACAGACGAUAGUACGCCGACGAGCGAGCCAAACCCAUUCCCCUUCCAUGAAGGGAAAAUGUUCGAGAUGACACGCAGUGGUGCGAUUGAUAUGAGCAAGAGGGACAUGGUGGAGGAGAGGCUCCAGUUUUUUCAGAUUGGCCCUCAGAGUCCCUGUGAGAGAACAGACCUUCGCAUGGCAAUAGUAGCCGACCACCUCGGACUCAGCUGGACUGAGCUGGCCAGGGAGAUGGAUUUCUCUGUGGAUGAGAUCAACUUUAUCAGAGUGGAGAACCCCAACUCCCUGACAGCACAGAGCUUCAUGCUCCUUAAGAAAUGGGUGUACAGGGACGGUAAAAACGCCACAACGGAUGCUUUAACUGCGGUGCUGACUAAGAUCAAUCGGUUGGAUAUUGUGACUUUGCUGGAAGGGCCCAUAUUUGACUACGGUAACAUUUCAGGCACACGCUGCUUUGCCGAUGAUAACGCAGUAUUCCCGGAUCAGUCCGAUGGAUACGACAAUGUAGACCUGGAACUGCAAACCCCCACAGAACUGAACUCCCAGCCCCUCACCCCUCUUCGCCCAGACGACUUCUUUAGUGAGGGCGAAGCUAGCGCAGACUCCCCUAGCAAGAUCACGCUUACUAGACCUAGCGACCUCUCUCUCACUCAGACCACCAGUACUUCCAGCAGUGACCCCCCCACAGUCGCCCCAGGCCCCACCUCCAGUGCCGCUCAGCCCCCCAUCGUUGGGGCAGAAGAUACAGCGUUGACCAGUGGAGAAGUAGAGAUUUCUAAGGAAGAAAAGACAGGGCUGGUUUAUUAUGACAGGCCAGAUAAUGACAGAAGGGCAGUAGAGCAAUCAGGAAAGGGCCCACAGGGGUACGCUGAGGCCUUAAAGGAAGAACUGAAGGCAGAGGAACAAGGUGUGUUGGAGCGUCAGGGAGAGGAUGCCGCCUCAGAAACACCUCAAGGGAAUGGAAGGCAUGAAGAAGAAGAGGAAGAGGAGGAGGAGAUGACCCCGGCGAGGCUGCAGAGUCUGCUGAACGAUAUAAAGCUGGAGGGAGGCUUGGAGGACGAGGAGAUGACAGAGGAGAGGAUGAAUGCUAUUCUCGAUCAAUUGCACCAAGCAGAAAAAGACCUGUGUUCAGUUCCAGGCUGGAGAAAUGAGACGUCCGGCGCAACCGCAGAGUUAGCAGCUCCCGGCCUCAGCCCCGGCACCGAGGAGGGCAGCCCCGACAGUCUGGCUGAUUCUUUGGAGCAGCCCCCGGCUAAGGCCAACCGACAGAACGGAGGUCACAUCGACACCGUCAGGGAAGGAAAGGAAGCCAAGAGGAAGGAAUCUCAGGAGGAGAGCAGCACAGCGGGACCAAGCGGAGGACAGGAGGAGGGAGGAGAAAGGUCCCAGCACAAAGUCCAGCGGAGUGCUAUAGAUGAGUCCGGCUCCGAUGGGGAGACCAUUGUCACCACCAGGGUGUUCCGCAGACGGGUCAUACUCAAGGGAGAGGAAGCCAGAAACAUUCCUGGGGAUUCUGUGACGGAGGAGCAGUUCACAGAUGAAGACGGGAAUCUGGUCACCAGAAAAGUGAUCAGAAAGGUGGUGCGCCGUGUGUACAACACGGCUGAGAGGAGGGAAAGUGAAGGCGAUAUUAUUACAGAAGACGGAGCUGGUGGUGGUGGUGGUGAUGGUGGUGAUGGUGUAGCCACAGGUGGAGCAGAUGCUGCCUCUUCUUCAGGAUCCAAGGGGGGGAAGAGCAAGAAGAGGGGGAAGCGCUCCCGGCAUGCCAACAAGGCUGAGAAAUCUGGAGAAAAAACUGAGCCUGGAGACAGUGCCAAUAAGAAACAAGGGAAGAAGAGUCAGUCAUAACAGUAGAGCACUCAACUCAAGCAGGUCCAUGAGGUCCAUCUGCAACUCCAAACAUGCCCUGGGAGGAAAGACAAGACUGGAAGCCUCGUCAAUCGGCCAAAAACGUGUCUGAAGCUUUCACUUACAGCGCAUGGUUUUCAGCAAGACAACAAGCUAAACUUUUCUUUGAUUUCGCAUGAGCAUGUCACCACAACUCACUCACUGUUGGAAACAACACGGGAGGGACACACACGGACGUGAGCUGGAGCUUUCUUACAUGAUCUUUAACCAAUGGAAGGCGUGUGUGACCAAAGAUGGCACAAACAAGGAAAACUUAACGCUGACAGAUAAGGAUUCACUCUCUCUCCCAGACACUCGCCUUAUAUGGUCCAUUCUUUCCUCCUGGACCCGCAGUAUUGGGGUGUACCAUGUGGUUCUUUUUUUUUAAAUGAAAUAUAAUAGUAAAUGGGUGAUUUUUGUUGUAUAUAAAUGACACUGUAUAAAAUGAAAAAAAAAAUAGAAAUCAGUAGCUUCACAGAUUGUUUAUGCACUGAUUUGAGUGGAAGCUUUGCCGAGUCGGUGCGUUUGUAUUGAGGUUGACACUGUUUGAGCGUGCAACCUGAAACGCUCUUCCUAAAUGAAUUUAAAAAAGAACAAAAAAAAGCUGUAUGUAAAGAGAAAGGAAUGGAAAAAAAAUAAUACUUGCUUGAUUUUAAAAGGACGUUUCUUCAAAAGCCAACAUCUACUUCCUGUGGAACAUUAUUUGUCUUCAGAGAAAUAAUAUUUUGCUGCAUGUGACGUCACCUUAUUUUAAACGCUUUCCUUUAAUUUUCCUCCUAAUUCAAAUGCACUGUAAUACAAUUAGAGAGAUGGUACUUCUGUCUUUGAUAGCACUCAUAAUAACCCAACCAUGUGUCAUCUAUAACCGUUUUUUAUGAAAAUGUAAACACGCACAGCGAGGUGCUGCUGUUGUCCCCGAUGUAACCUGCAGAGCGUUGUGUUUUCUCCUAACUGCUAGCAGCCCUGUGUGUGUGAAACAUAAAAUACAAAUGUCUAUAUGUAAGCCCAUCAUGCACACUAGGAGUCUACGUUUAAGCUUUUAGGUCUGCUGUGAUUUUAAAAAGGGGACUUUUAAUUUGACGGUUUGAUGACUUUUAUCUUUAUUUAACAGGUUGUAUUUACAUAAGAACACAGAAUGUCAUUUUUUAGCCCCAUUAUCCAAUUUGUAUUAAUGGCUAAAUCCCACAUUGUUAGAAAUCUGAUCUACGGUUCUUGUGAAAUUUUAAUUUCUUCUCUCUAUGUCUUUUUUCAUACGAAACCACCUUAAGCAUCCUUUGUUAAUGAUGAAUCUGGUACCAACAUGUAUGACGAACCAACAUAGCCUACACUGGAUGAUCCAAGUCAUUAUUUAAGCAGAAAAAUAAAUUGUGUUGAACUGAU